AUGAGUCUAUCGCAGAUUACGCCCAGCAUGUCCAAGCAGAGACUCAUCGACCGCGACGAGCGAACUCGCAAAAAGCCAAUGCGCAUCCUGGUUCUGGGCAUGUGUCGUACGGGAACGACCACUAUCGCAGUCGCACUCCGUAAACUUGGCUAUACCUCGCAUCAAAUGCGCGAUGUGCUCGCCAAACCGUCUGAACUCGCGCUGUGGGAAGAAGCUGUCAACGUCACUCUGUUACCGCCCCAAGAACGGCCUUCAAACCAACAGAAGAUGGAACCGUAUGGCAAGGCAGAGUUUGACAAACUAUUGGCCGACUACGAUGUCGUUAUGGAUCUACCCGGUUGUGUUUUCGCAUCGGAACUGGUGAAGGCCUACCCAGAAGCCAAGGUCAUCCUGACGAAGAGGAGGUACGAAGACUGGGAACAAAGCAUGCAAGACAGUAUAUGGUGUCUUGAUACGUGGCGGCUAUUCACUCUCUGUCGUCAACUCAACAUCACACAGUUGGCACCAUUGAUGCGACUUGUACAUUCCAUAUUCCAGGUACACAACGGUAACAACUACGGUGGCCCGGCAGCAAAAUCGGCAUUCGACCAGCACUACGACACUGUUCGCUCGUUGGUACCUCAAAGUCAAUUACUGGAGCUCGACACUGACGGAAUGUUGAAAUGGGAGCCCCUCUGCGAGUUCUUGGGCAAAGCGGUACCGAAGGAAGGUUUUCCGAAAACGAGCGAAGACAAGGCCAUGCGCAAAGGUCUUGAGAGUGCAUGGUGGGGCAUGGUUCAAUACUUUGUCAUGUUGAUCAUUCUUCCGGGGCUUGUCGUGGUUGGAUCUGCUAUGUUGUACACAUACGCGGAUGAGGUGAGGGCGUAUCGAGAUGGUUGGUUAAUGGUGGCAAAGAAGUACAUGGAAACGGGAGAAUUGUAA